AUGCCACUGGUCUACAGCAAGCCCCAGCAUACUAUCACAGUAAAGAACAUGGACGCAUCGGUUGAUAUCGACUAUUCGUUGGUGCAGUUCGUCAUCUCUCCUCUAUUUUAUCCUCUUCGAUUUAUCAAGCUACAGCUCCACGUCUCAAGCUGGGGCAUCAGUCAAUUACACUUUCUCAAGAGAGACACCUAUGAAACCCGUGUAUCAUUGUUUCAGGCAGAUAACUUGGGAGGCGGAGAUCAUAUGUUGUCGUUGGUUAACAGUGCCGAAGGAGGGCUAUUACAAAUUGAUUACGCGCUAUCUUUUACCGACAAUGCCACCGUAACUACAGAUACGUCAGGGGUACCGAGCUCCAUGGCCUUAUCCUCCACUUCAUCUUCAGGCUCUUCGGAUACACCUCCACAAUCUUCUCUAAAAGCAGGCUGCUGCAAUCGCAGUGGCUUUAGUUGUCUUCAUUUCUCUUCCGGUCGCCAUCUGGACUGCGGUAGGAUUGAGGACGUGGUCGAACAUGGGGUCAAAGAUGAAUCCUUCAACUCAUCUUCGUCUAAUGAUGGUCCUCAAGCGUCAUGGUUUUCGCGGAUGCAUUCGACCCUCUCCUUGACAAAGGAGUCUAAUCCAGAUUUACGAUGGGUUGUGGUGGGCUCGGAGAAAAAACCCUAUUCACCAUUUGCAAGGAUACUCCAACGUGCGGACGUUAUCAGCAUCUCCCGCCCUGCUCCAGCCGCCCGCGUUCCUUCACUAAACCUGACCUCAAAGGGGUCCGGAAACCCAGAUCUGCCAUUUCUCAUCAUCCCUUCGUCUACGCCCAACCAAAGAGACUCCUUCAUGAUCCCAGUCAAUGACAGAGACCGUUCCAGUCGAAGGAAGAUUCAAAUUCCACCACAAGCCGUUAUUGUCGGUCCUUCCUCAGUCUCUCGCCAGGAGACGGUGAAAGUGAGCAUCUCAGAUUGCUCAAGGUCAUUGAAUAGCCCGAAAUCAGAGAAGCUCAGCAAAUUGCCAAGACUGUCGAAGAUCCUCCCACCACUUCCCGCUUCCAAAACCGGUAGCAGAGGCUAUCCCAGCACAGGUACUCGCCGUCCUCUUCCGGUGCCUCCGUACGAUGCUGAAAGAUUCCCACGUAGGGUGGAGAGGCAGGCUGCUUUCGCGGGCAUUGAGACAGUAGGGGAUGCCGGUCUACGGCCAAAACAGAGAAGGGACACUAACUCUGGAUCGCCUUGUUCUCAUCAAGGCUCCUUGGAAGAUCGCUCAGGGCUGCCGGUAGGGCUGCACGUGUAGCAAGAGAUAGAGGAACUUCGGAGAGAAGUUCACUUACUUCAUAAAUACCUGCGCCAGAAUGACAAGGUCGACGGUCCAUCCCCGCCGCUUUACACUACUACGGCGUAGGGCCAACUAUAGACCCUUUCAUUUGACAUAUUUAAGCCAUAAUUCAUUAGAAUACUGCAGACGUUUGAUAAUCAAGAUGAAAAACAGAACCUCAGAUCCGCUUGACAAUUUCGUUGACAACGUCUUCAGUUCUAGCAGUCCCGCCCAAGUCUGGUGUCAGAUAAGCAGCUUCACGGACGACGGAAUCCACAGCGGUGUCAAUUCGAUUGGCACCCUUGAUGUAACCAAGGUGAUGAAGCAUGAGAGCGGCUGAGCGGAUGGAAGCGACGGGGUUGGCAAUGCCUUGGCCUACAAUAUCAGGAGCGGACCCAUGU